CUGGGCUGGUUGUGCCACACGUGCGUUGUAAAUUUAUAAACACGCGCUGGAAUUUUAAAAUAAUUCAUGAAAAAAAUGGGGGCAACCAAGAAUCUGGACUUGAUUGGCACCAUUGAAGAUGAUGCCGAGGUGGAGAAUCUAUCCGAGGACUCUGAUGCCGAAGUGGAGUAUCAACCCACGAAGCUGCGUCACAAGAAGGUAACCGAGUUCGAGAAGGGCUUCGAGUUUGUCGGCUCCGUCAAGGAGUAUAACCAGGACACCUGGGACGAUCUCAUGAAGUAUAUCAAGAGGAAGGCACGCACAAAGACCGAUGACAAGAUUGCUGCCCGCCUGCAGAAACGCGGUGGAGCCGAAGCGGUGGCCGCCGAGCAGAGUGACGAGGAUGAGAUAGACCUUUCGGAGGAUGAGCUGCAGCACGAUAAUCUGCGUUUGCGGGAAAAGAAGCUAACCAAGAACAAGAAGAAGAAGAAGACCGAAGAGGAAGACGAGGAUGAGGGCGAAAAAAUGCAAUUCGACGACACUGUGGAGGGCAACGAGCAAAUCACCUCCUUCUAUCAAAUGAAUCUGUCGCGUCCCCUUAUGAGAUCCAUCGGCGUACUGGGCUACACCUAUCCCACGCCCAUUCAGUCCUCGACGAUACCGAUUGCCCUCUUGGGCCGGGACAUUUGUGGUUGUGCCGCCACUGGUACGGGCAAGACGGCCGCCUACAUGCUGCCCACACUGGAGCGUCUGCUGUAUCGUCCACUCAACAACAAGGCCAUCACCCGUGUCCUGGUGCUGGUGCCCACCCGUGAGCUGGGUGCCCAGGUCUAUCAGGUGACGAAACAGCUCUGCCAAUUCACAAGCAUUGAUGUGGGAUUGGCCAUUGGUGGCCUGGAUGUGAAGGCCCAAGAGGCUGUGCUGCGUCAGAAUCCAGAUAUUGUGAUAGCCACUCCUGGACGUCUUAUAGAUCACAUUAAAAACACCCCCAGCUUCACUCUGGACUCCAUUGAGGUUCUCAUCCUGGACGAAGCUGACCGCAUGCUGGACGAAUAUUUCGCAGAGCAAAUGAAGGAGAUCAUCAAUUCCUGCUGCAAGACACGCCAGACCAUGCUGUUUUCGGCCACGAUGAGCGAGCAGGUCAAAGAUCUGGCCGCUGUCUCGCUGGAAAAGCCCGUCAAGGUUUUUGUCAACAACAAUCAACAGGUGGCCUACAAUCUGCGGCAGGAAUUCAUACGCAUACGCGAGGACAAGGAGGGAGAUCGCGAGCCCAUCCUGGCCAGCUUGAUAUGUCGCACAUUCCACGACCAUUGCAUGGUCUUUGUGCAGACCAAGAAGCAGGCCCAUCGCUUGCACAUCCUGUUGGGUCUGCUGGGCGUAAGGGCCGGUGAGCUGCAUGGCAAUCUAACCCAGCAACAGCGUUUGGAAUCGCUCAAGAAAUUCAAGGAAGAGCAGAUCGACGUCCUGAUCGCCACAGAUGUGGCUGCUCGUGGUCUGGACAUUGUGGGUGUGAAGACUGUCAUUAACUUUGUGAUGCCCAUUACGACAGAGCAUUACAUCCAUCGUGUGGGCCGUACGGCGCGUGCCGGUCGUGCCGGUAUCUCCGUCUCGUUGGCGGGUGAAAAGGAGCGCAAGAUUGUCAAGGACAUUAUCAAGAAUGCCGAGAGCACCAUCAAGAAUCGCAUUAUUCCACCGGAGAUUAUUGAGAAGUAUCGCAAGAAGCUGACCGCCCUGGAGCCAGAGAUUCAAAACAUUCUCGACGAGGAGCAGGCCGAACGUCAGCUCGCCAAGACAGAGCAGCAGCUGUCCAAAACAGAGCGUAAGCUUUUGGGCCAGACCAACGACAGACGCGACUGGUUCCAAACGAAGCAACAGCGCGAGGAUGAAAAGAACCGACUCGCACUGACCCCAAGUGACGAAGGGAAGCCAGCAGGCGGCAGAGGCAAGGGCAAGGGCCAGGGUCCGAACGCUGGCAAGCGCAAGCGACCCGAAUACGGCGGCGAUGGUGAAGAUGGUCCGUCAGUCAAGGAGCUGGAUGCCAAGCGACACAAGAAGAAGAAGGAGGAGCCGAGGAAAAAGACCCCAGAGCAGAUGGCCAAGGAACGGGCCAUGAAAGAGAUCGAGAAGGUAUCGUUGGUGCGCGCCAAAAUGUCCAAGCUCAAGAAGCGCCCUGGCAAGCUGGGGGCAGCCACCGAGCCUCCCAAAUACGGAGCCAAUGCGGCGGGCAACAAACCCAAGCGACGCGGCCCUCAAUCGGCAUUCACCAACGAUUUGACCGAUGUCAGUCGGGGCGGAGCAUUGCGAUUGAGAUCCGAGGCUAAUCGCCACAAGAAGAUGACAAAGAUUGCGGCCAAGAAGAAGGUCAGCAACGUAAAGCUGGCCAACAAGGCGGGCAAAAACAAAUUCAACAAGGGAAAGAGCUUUGGUGGACCUCGCUUCCAAAAGAAGGAUAAAAAGAAAUAGUUGGAUGCAAUGCCGUAAAACUUGUAAAAUAAAAAACAUUUUAUCCACAUAGGCAGUUACAAAAUUU